AUGAACCCCGGUGAGAAGUACAAAGGAUAUACACCCAUCCAUCUGUCUGAUAGGCAAUGGCCCAGCAAGGUCCAGCGCACAGCUCCGAUCUGGACGUCGGUGGACUUGCGUGAUGGCAACCAAGCCCUGGCCAAUCCCAUGACGGAAGACCAAAAGAUGCUCAUGUUCAAGAAGAUUGUUGAGUGUGGCUUCAAGGAAAUCGAGGUGGCAUUCCCCUCGGCUAGUGACACAGACUUCGGCUUCGUGCGCCGCAUCAUCGAGAAUGGCCACAUCCCUGACGAUGUCUGGAUUCAGGUGCUAAUGCCGGCACGCGAGGAGCUUAUCCGUCGCACCUUUGAGUCUAUCAAGGGCGCGAAGCAUGUGAUCGUGCACAUGUACAACGCCACCUCGCCUCUGUUCCGCGAAGUGGUUUUCGGCAACGACCAGGACCGCACGCUGGACCUCGCUGUGCGCCACACGAAGCUUGUGCGCCAGCUUAUUGAUGAAUACAGCAAGCCGGAGAACGGUGGCACGACGUUCCGGUACGAGUACUCCCCUGAGACGUUCACGCAGACCGAGCCAGACUUUGCGAUCCGCGUGUGUGAGGCUGUGCGUGAGGCGUACGGCCUGGCGACCAAGGAGAACCCGAUCAUUUUCAACCUGCCCGCCACCGUGGAAGUGGGCCCGCCGAACCACUAUGCGGACCAGAUUGAGUACUUCUGCCGCAACGUGAAGGACCGCGAGGCGAUCACGAUUUCGCUGCACCCGCACAACGACCGUGGUACCGGUGUGGCGGCUGCCGAGCUGGGUAUGCUGGCCGGUGGCGACCGUGUCGAAGGCUGCCUGUUCGGCAACGGUGAGCGUACCGGCAACGUGGAUCUGAUCACGCUCGCUCUCAACCUGUACACCCAAGGUGUGCAGCCUGGUCCGCUGGUGCUCACGGACCUCCCGUCGAUCGUCGAGGUGGUGACGAGCUGCAACGAUAUCCCUGUGCACCCUCGCCACCCGUACGCGGGUGAGCUGGUGAUGACAGCGUUCAGUGGUUCGCACCAGGAUGCAAUCAAGAAGGGCUUUGCCUCGCAGGAGAAGCGCCAGGCCUCGGGCGACAAGCUGUGGCACAUGCCCUACCUGCCUGUGGACCCGGCGGAUCUCGGUAUGGACUACGAGGCGGUGAUCCGUGUGAACAGCCAGAGUGGCAAGGGCGGUAUCGCCUACCUCCUUACGCAGUCGCUGGGUGUGGAGCUUCCGCGCCGUCUCCAGGUGGCGUUCUAUCAGGUGGUGCAGGCCAUCGCUGACAAGACGAGCAAGGAGAUUACGCCAGGCGACAUUACGCAGGCUUUCAGCGAGACCUACCAUGUGCCGGUGGCUGGCCACGGUAAGAACGAGGGCCGCUUUGCUUUGCGUUCGUUCAAGCUUACGAACGACGACGACGAGAAGCCCGUCGAGGCGGGCGAGGCCACGCCGCGUCACCGUACGUUCCACGGAAAGAUUGCGCACAACGGCGAGGUGGUGGAGGUCACUGGCCACGGCAAUGGUCCCAUCUCGGCCAUCCUCGAUGCGAUGGAGAAGCAGUUUGGCGUGGCGUACAAUGUGCGUGAGUACUCCGAGCACGCCAUUACACGCCCUGGUAUGCUUGCGAUCGGUACCGACGCAUCGACCAACAAGGGCCAGUCGCGUUCGCAGGCUGCUUCCUACGUCGAGUUGGUGAAGGCCGAUGACGGCAACGCCGAGGGUGCGUCCAAGCCCAAGGGCGUAUGGGGUGUCGGUAUCGAUGUUGACAUUACCUCGGCGGGUCUCAAGGCUGUGCUUAGCGCUCUCUCUAAUGUUCAGUAA